CUCGGUGGCUUACUACCCUGCAUCGGUAACUCCGAGGAAAAUCGGUACGCGUGGGUGGGCCAGAGGUGUAGUGAAUGCGAAUCAACAAAGUAUUGUGUGGAUUCUGUCUAAAGGUAAAGAUGGUCAUCGUGAAGAUCGUGAAGAUGGCACAAGACCUAGAAUAAAAAUAUAACAAAAUGGCACUUCGUGCUCGAGCUACUAGUUGCCCACCGUGAACAAAGAAGAUCCCGUUUACCUACAAAUUCGGUCAAGAAAUCUCGAUCUCAGAAAGUCCAGAAAAAAAAAAGUUAUUCGACCCCGCAUCGUAUUACAGUUGUGAAAAGCAAAUCUACAUCGUAAAAUCCGGCUUCGGAAGUGCUGGCAAACGAUUCUUCGGUUGGAUCCAUUGUAAGAUGUUGAGAGGGCUGCUCGGAAGAUGAGGGCGUCUCCGUAACUAACCAAACACCUGAUCAUCCUCGGAAAAUUUCCGACCUCUGAGUGCGACUGGAGUUUCGGUUCUUUUUGCAACACAGAGAUCAUUUCAUGCAAUUCAACAACUGUGAUUUUUAUGCUUCCUCCAUACACAUCAGGCCCCUGAUUAUUCUAUUCACGCAAUAGUCAACAUCAAGUCUUGAGACCAUCUCUAGUACAAAGCUUGAACUUGUUAUCCGCAACAGCAACCAUCAAAAAGCAACAACUCACAAAGAAAGCCUGCUCAGCGCAUAAUAAUCGCAUUCUGAUCUCGCACACUAAUCGCCUUCUGAUCUGGUUUUAGAUCCGAGACUAGGUUUGAUUCAUUUUUUUGAUAAGAAUUUCUCGGUCCUGCUCCCGCCCUGUCCAAAUAAAAAUGAAGGUGCUCUUCACUCUUGGUGCCAAUACCGCAGCGCUGGUACUAUUGGCCUCCUUGUCCUUGUUUUCCGAGAACAUUUUUGCGGUCAAUGCCGUGAAGGUGGAUGGCCGUCGUGGCCAAGAGAGUAAUCAUCUUGCGGCGACGGGACUUGCGAUGCACCCUCGUCCGUUCGAGUUCGCCGGAGGACCCGCUGAUGCGAGUCGUGUUCACGCAGAGUGCGUGGAAGGCUGCUUGGCAUUCCUACAACAUAGCAAGAAGAAGGCAGCCCGGGGAACAGCCAGUGCGAAAGCAGAAGCAGGGAAGGAACGGCUUUCGCGUCCGCAGUUGCAGUUGGAGGCCCAACAAGGAUUGACCAGCCACAACUAGUGCCCCGGAUGAAAUAAACGUCCUCAAUAGUGAACAGAAACACAGUGCAGUCGGGCAUGAUGUUUCUUCGAACCUGGCUGUCCUUCGAUACUCCGAGCAGCUUGAUUCGGCAGAGUAUAGUAAAACGCUGUGGCCGGUGGAAAAACAGAAAAUUGUACGAUGGAGGGCUCCAAGACUGGACGAGCCGGCGUUUGUGAGUUACUAGCCUUAAAGAAGUUUAAACCCUUUUGGGUUUUUUUUUGAAAUGUACUGUAUGAACUCUACCAAGAACAGCAGGAGCGUACGGCAGAAAAGCCAAAAAGUAGCAAGACGAAGCAUAUUUGCUUUAACGCUCACUGCAAAAUUUUUUGCUUCCGCCCCCAUAAUUUCUUCUCAAAGUGCUGAGAUUGUGAGUGACUCUGUAUGAUUAAAGGGCAUUAUAGUAUUCUACGUAGAUGUCCAUUCUUGAGGAACAUCAACACGGAAUACGAAUAAAGACCACAUCUACAUGUAAACACAAGUACUCAAACACUCAACCCCAAGAUCCUGGAUUUGUUCCACUUGUGCUGGAGAUCCUGGAUUUGUUCCAGUACCCUCAAAUACAACGGAACACCAGCUGGCUACGAUCACAACAACUCUUGUUUGGAAACUUCUUCAAACAAUCGCAAAAACCGAUAUUUUGAAGCAAAACGUAACGUAGCAUCACACCAGAUUGUCUUAU